AUGGCGCCCCGCGGUCGAAGCGCAACGGCAGGCGACGAUGCCUAUACCGACCGAAGUUACGAUUCGAGCCCGGAUCCGCUGGCCCUCUCCUUUGACGGCAACAUGCCAUCAUCACGACGAAAACCCUUGCCAAGAGACUCGAUGGCAGGAAGCUCGCCGAGCAAGCAGAACCGCAGGCUGGAAGCGUCCGAGAUGAUGUUCUCGUCGCCUACCAAGUCGAUGAUCAUGAGCACACCACGAGCGGGCGGCGCGAGCCCCUGGCGCAUCAAGGUCACCGUCCAGGCCGAACCCGGAAGCGACGAAGUGAACGCCGAGUCACCAUCCGUGAAGCGAGUAACGAGAACCAAGACAACGACCGUACCGCUGAAGGACCACGAUGCGUCGUCUCCCGUCAAACGCCCUCGCGGCCGGCCCAGGAAGUCUGACGUAGGCGCCACCCCGAAGCCGAAGCGAAAGGGAACGCCAGUCAAGAGAGCCGCACAAUUCACGUCUCCAGGUACAAAUAUAAAGGCUGGAGAGUCGAGCGCAGCCGACGUGGACACCGAUGUACCACCCAAGAAGCGGAGAGGUCGACCGAGGAAGAACGUGCAACUACCGCCUGAGACAUCAGAGACACGGGAAGGCUCUGCGGAAGAUGUCACGCCUGGAUACCUUCCGAGCUCAAAAUCCGGGACCUCAAAGAAGAGCGCGCGCUUCGCAGAUCUCCCCGGCCCCACCACCGAGACCAUGAGCGAUGCGCUGAUGGAAGCCGAGGAAUUACCCAACUUAAGCUCACCCAUACAGAGGACCAUGAGACAGGACCUGCGCUCGCGAAAGGGCACUCCACAUGCGAACAAGGUGGUACUCAUGGAGUCGGAUGAGCACGAAGAGGAGGGAAGCGAUGUUCUUACGCCGACAAGUGGAGAAGAAGACGGAAAUCCUGUGCAAACCAGUGAAGAUGUCAAUGUCGAUGUCGACAUCUCUGAAGAUGGUCAUGCAAGCCUACCAACACCUAGCGAAAGCUCCGCACAUUCUAGUGACGCAGGAGAUGACCAAGGUCAAGCCUUCGAAGAUAUGGAACUCGAAGACCGAAAUACCGCAAGAUUCGCUUUUGACGAGGGUACGACGAGGAUGGUUGACGAUACAACCAUCCAAAACGAGAGUUUCACCAUGAUCUCACUGGACACACUGCUUAGCAAUGGAGCGCGUAGCCCGCCCAAACCGGACGAGACGCAGAACACCACGGCACCGACCGUCAGGUCAUCACUUAGAAACGAAUACAUGAGACCUUCUAUGGUCACGACGCAUGAUGCUGAACCAUCAAAUUCCGGAGUGCUGGCACCACCUCCGCCUCAAACUUCCACAGCGCCCACCGACCCAGUACGACCAGAACAAUCGCGCUUUGUGACGCCUGUCGUAGAUGCCGACCUUCCAUCAGCUCCCCCCGCUCUUGAGUCCGUUCGCUCGAAAUCGCAAACACCAACGCUCGGCCGUGCGGUUACUGCUGGGGUAGCUUUGCAAGGCUUGUUGGAUCCCAACCGUCUUAGUCUUACGCCAGAACCUUCUCAACAAGCACUUAACCAGAAGCGCGGUUCGUUAGAUGACCUAUUCCGAGGCUUUAGCGAAGGAACCCGAAAGGAGCUUCAAGCAGGUCUGCGUCUCGGUGAACAGCUUGCUGAGGGUCAGAUGAAUGAAGAGAGUGCGCCUGCCCCUUCGAGCCCUACUAGAGGCCUUUCUACAACAGCUCCUAAACAAGGUGUGUUCCGAACGCAACGAAAAUAUCGUCAGUCACGUCUUCUUACACCCGAAGACCAGGAUCAUGUUACCGCACCAGAGGAGCCAACACCAACAGAGCCAAUACCAGCAGAACCCACGGCCACGGCGAGUGAGGUGCAAUAUCCAGUUUUGAAUGUUGAAGAAGAGGAGGAAGAGGAAGAGGAAGAAGUACCGUUGAGCCCUGCAAGGAGCGAGGGUGAGAUGAGUUGGCGAGUCGACACACCUCCCGCGAAACGUACUAGCUUGACACCGAAAGACAACGAGAUUGAGGAAGCCCAACCGGACCAGGCCGCAGAACAAACAAACAAACCUGCGCAAUGGGACGACUACGCCGACAUCUGGCAAGAGGAAGCUAGUCGCUCGUUGGUUUCAGUCGAGUCAGAGGAAGUGCCUGCAGAGAAGGAAGAGUCUUUGCAUGAUAUCUUCACAGAGGACAUCCCCACCAAGCCGGCUCGUGGUCAACUCCUAAGGGAGUGGCGUCGCAAGAGGGCGAAUGAAAUGCGUCACGGCGAUGGGGUAGAGUCACAAAAAGAGCCCAGCCCUGCACAGGCGGAACCUGAAGUCGCAGACCAGCCAGAAGACGAUGAGGAAGAGCAAGGCAGUGAUGUCGUAACACCACUUUCUGAAGACAAACCGAUGCAGGAUGGAGACGAGUCGAGUCCGGCAAGCGAGGCCAGUGACGACACUGGUACGUUCUUCCAGUCGAACAUGCCGAACAUCUUCAAUCAAAAGCGACCAUCACGGUUUGAACAGCGAAGGCAAAGACGACAAGAAAAGGAGAAAGUGAGUUUGGAGGAGCUCCUAGACCAAGGUGAAAGCUACGUUCCGGAGUCUUCGCCGCCAAUGGCAACAAAGAAGCCGUCUCCGCCAAAAAAGACAAACCCGUUCAUUGACACGCCCCCUCGCUUUCCAGCUCUUAUGAGCUCACCAAAGAAGAGCAGUCCUUUGAGGAGAGAGCUUCAAAGUGCUGAUAUCUCAACAAGCUCGGUCCAGUUUGAAGAGUCGACACUACCACUUGUGCAAAGCUCACCAUUUCAUACCAUUGUUGAUGGUGAUAGCAAGAUCUCUGCAGCGUCCGAUCAACGACAGUUCCGCGUGGAGAUGGAGGGUAACACAGCUUCUACCAUAGUUCGCGUGCGCGACGAGGCGAAUGAGUACCUUGACGCGUAUGAGCCGCAAGAGCGGAGCCUGAACGAGAUCACUGAGGUUACUGAGGAGCCAAGCAGGCUUCCAUCAAGUCCACCGAAGAUGCAGCAACGAUUUCAGCAGAGCUUAUUAUCAGCACGCAAGCCUUCGCCACUUUCCAAGGUCUCGCAGCGUUCAGACGAGUCCUCCGCGCCACCAUCGGCGCGUUAUAGCGGACCUCAAGUUGUCGACGACUCAAUAGAAAGUUCCUCCAGCGUACAGUCGCAAGUUAGCCUUGAAGCGAACGUUCGGGAACAACCAAGUAUUCUGGACCGCGUCAAGUCGACCAUCAUACGGCCACCUCCGCCCGCACCACACCCAAUCAUCUCACGCCUAACACCACUUCCAAAGAUCGAACCCUGGACCAGGACGCAUUACAAGGCGCUCGACAAACUCUACACAACGCAUCUUAAACACCCUGCCCUCUUCUGUCCAUCAAUCGUUCCUCCGACACCACUUUCAAACACCAACGGUUACCUCCUCCGACAAUUCAUCUCUAACAAUGGAAACCUACCUUACGUGGGCGCUACCUUCCACGCAUGGGGUUACAGCAUGGUUAUGACCGAGGAACUGGUCGUUAUGUGCAGCGUUUUCAUGCAACUUCUGAGUCUUGAGGACGAAGAGGAGUAUUACGAAGUUACUGGAAAGAGGCUACAGAUGGGCGAUUGUGCGCCUGGUAACCUGGGUGACUUGAUCACUGGCCAGGAGGUGUUGAGGCGGCUUGCUACUGUCGUUAUGGGCGAGAGUGUGCGAAGAGACGAAAGGGAAGGGAGGGAGAUUGAUCGUAGUGGGGGAUUGGAGGUCGAGUGGCCGCAGAGGGGUCGGUGA